UUCACCGUAACAACAAACGUGAUUAGAGGAGGGCUUAACUAUUAGAGAUUAAUGUACAAGUAAUUUUACGUGCUUUCCAGCUAUUUUGGUAAAUCUGGCCAGCAUUUUAAGGCUUUGGUUUUGCAACUUCUUGAAAAAUGCAAAAUCCAGGAAUACAACUGACUUCAUAUUAUACACUGAAUAAACUAAAAAUGAUAAUCAACAUUACUUAGAAUUAAUUGUUCAUAUACACGGAACGAACAUUGUUGAAUAUCAGUUGAAAAAGCAGUUAGCAAUUAUGGAGUCUGUGACCUCACAAGAAGGGAAAUGUAAGACCCUUACAUCAUCAUUGUCUGGACACACUUCUCAGGGUCAGGAGUACAGACCGAAACGCAGACUUGCCAAGUGUUCUCAGUCGCUAAAGUUUGUGUUUGCAAGGCCCACAAAAAAGAGGAGAGAACUCGUUGAGAAUCCAGUCAGUUCAUCCACAGACAGUGUUGAAACAAUUGACACAGGUGGACAUCUUGGAUGUUUAGAGAAUCCUGAAGUUGAUGUUAACAAAAGUGUCUCUCUUGUACUAGAGAAGGAAGAGGGGGAGAGAAGUCUUGGGGACAAAUGUUCAUCUCCUAGCAUACACAGUGAAGACAGAGAUAAGAGUCUCCCUUUAGUGUCCGAGCAGGAAGGAGAAACAAAACCUGUUGUAGCUGCACAGCCAAGCCAAAUCUGUAAAAGGGACAUGACUUGGUCAGCCAAACCAGACCAGACCACUGUAGCUGAGGGUAAGAAGAGGAAUGAUACUGAGGAAGUUUAUACGUCAUCCAGUGAGGAUAAGGGCACCAUUACUGACUUUAAGGCAUUGAGUGGGGGCAGAGAUGAUGAGUCACAGAAAUCUAAAAGUUUGGGAGUGAAUGCAGAAUCAAUUGCAUCCAUGGAAAUCUGUUGUCGACAGCCUAGACAGAAUUUACAGUUCAAGCCACUGUGUGAGGUUUCAUACUCUAAACAGUCUUCUGCAUGUGAAGUUUUGCCAGGUCACUUGAUGAUCAAAUCCAUCCCAAGUCAACAAACCCGGGAUGGAAGACAGAAGUGUAGCAUGACUGUAACCAGUAUUAGUGUCUUGAAGGAUUAUUGUCAUGAUGUCAAGAACUUUAUUGAUAACACCAAGAAUCAGGAAUCUAGGAAUCUUACUGAUGAUGUUCAAAUUCAGGAAUCUGUCAUUUGGUUGGAGAAAUCCACAACCAAUGAAGAAGAUAUGGCGAGAAGUGACUCUGGAGAGGGUAGAGGUGUACCUCUGUUAGACAAUACAAAGGGGAGAGUUAAUGUUGGAGCAAAAGAUAACAGUAUAGCCAACCCAGAACUGGAGGAGCCCCCAUUAGAAGAAGUAGAGCCAAGUACUAGGAGUGUCUUUUGCACAAUGGAAUUACCAGAUAAGCAUCUUGGGAUGCAGUUAGGAAAUGUGAAAGAGACACUCGUGACACCUCCAAGACCCCAUCAUCCUGAGCAGCAUGUUGAAGAUGCUACUCUAAACACCAGUGAGGAACCUAAUACUCCCUUGAGCAAACAGCAGGUGAGUGGGAGGGCAUUCUCUCCUAUUCCCACUCAGGAGGAGACAUUCCCUGAUGAUAGCAUUGCAGGAGAAGCACUUUGCAGGAUUGUAGGGGAAAAUGAGGUUGCUCCCAGUAUAGAGAAAACAGAGGGAGAGGAUCUUAGUAGAGACAAAACAGACAUUGAAAAAGUCAAAGUGAAAAGAUCUCAAAGGAAGAAGGUGAACCAUUAUCGGAAACGGAUUAUUUUCUCCCCAAGAAAAAGGUCGGCAGCUCUGAAGGUCCUUUAUUCACAGAAGAUGCCAAGGCUGGAAGAUGAUUUCAAGGUAAUGCAAAACUCAGAGUUGCCUCUUGUUAUUGGAGAGAAUGAAGAAGAAAAGGGAAAAACUCCAACAACAAUACUUGAAGAUAGAAAAGAGAGUAAACCAAGUGAUGCUGAUUCUAGGCAGAGAUCCUCGCCCACAGAAUCAUCAACAGUGGCCAGUAGAGAUAGAGCUCAGAAUUGCUGUAAGGUAAAGAGCUCCUCAGCACCAAGGUCUGUAAAACUUCAGCGAUUUUUAUCUCUCUGUCGAAGCAUUGGCUGGUUUCCUGAAAUGCCCAGUUCACAGGAUGUGUUGCCACAUGACAAGCCUUUGCAGAACACGAAGCCUGGCAGAAGGGGUAGAAGGAAGAAGCGUAUCUUUCCACUUUAUCCUGUGCAUACCAUUGUUAGGAAACUCUCUAGGACAAAGUAUUGGAAGAAAAGUUUGCUAGAUAUCAUAAGGAGAAGGAAAGAAGAUUUUACUUUCCACAAGCCAGAAACAGUAAUGAAAGUUAAAGGUAAAGAUUCCAAGAAAACUAGACUAAAUCCAAGUGAACACUCCAAUCUGAAAGUGGACUCCAAAGGAAUAGACACUCACAGGUAUGUGGAGUAUGAUGAUAAAGGCCCAGAUCUUAGGACAGCUGAAGAGCAGCAUAUUGGUGUAACAAAUGAGGGAUGUAUGCCUUCACCUAGGGCUGAAAUUCAGAGAUCAUCUCUGAGGAGGAGUUCAAGAUGCAAAGAAAAACACGAUCUCUCUGACAGUAAGAGGUGGCUAAGACAUACAAGAACCAUGAAUAAUCACUCAAGUGGCUCUUCAUCAAAAGCUAGGACAGGCUAUAAAAAAAAAGGCUCAACUCCCAAAUCCAUGAGCUCUGAUUAUCCCAAGGAACAAGACCAAGAAGGAAGUGGCAGGGUGAGGAAGAUGGAUGGUGGGGAUAGGGGUAUGUAUGAAACUAGGGAAGAUGAGUCCUUUAUCAGGAAGGGUGUCUCAUAUACUCUGAAACAGAAACUCAAGUUAAUGAGAGGGUGCUUUGCAUUCUUUUCUGUUUCAUCAGAUGAAAGUCAAAGGAAGAUUGCCUCACUUCUGUCAUUAGAGAUAAGGAAGAUGGAAAGGAUUUUGUUAGACUCUAAGGGCAGUGCAAACGAUACAAGAGAAGAUAUACAGGAAAUGGGAAGCUUGUCAACGUUAGAUGGAGUUGGAAAGUAUGAUCUGCAAGGAAGUGAUUCAUUGAUUAUGACUCGCCUCUUUGAAGACAGUAAUACACCACAGAGUGAAACAGAAGUUCGAGCACCAUUGUUGUCAGAACAAGUAGUACAGUCAGAGGAGGUAGAGAUUGCUUUGAACAUCGUAAAGAAGGAAACUGAAAGUCGGAAGUCACAAGUACUAAGGGGGAAAAAAAUAGCUGACACAGAUAUAAGGGGACAGAUGAGGACAGUGACAAAUUGCACAGCAGUGGCAUCAAAAUCAACUGCAACACCUUUAUUAUCAAAGAAGUACAGGAAAAGGAGAACACUUAUUAGCAGGAGAGUGAAAAGUCAUGGGAAAGGGCAGAGAGCUGAUAGAACCAGUAAUGGUGCAACACCUGUGCAAAGGGAAACAAAUGAUGGUGGAGCAUCAGGAAUUGAAGGAGAGUCCUCCAUGGAUAUUGGUAUGAGUUUGAGUAAGAAUAUGCUGGAAAUAAAGGGUUCCACAUGUGUUGAUAAAGAAUUAAGUGGAGGGGCAAACAUUACCUCAGUAUCAGAAUCAGCAAUCACUUCAACACCCACCCAAUCAAAGAGGAAAUAUAAGAAAAGAAGAACACUAGUUGGCCUGAGAAGGAAAAGGCAUGGGGCAGGGCAGAAUGAGAAAAUUUACAUUUCAGCUGCUUCAAACCAAAGAAAAGGAAAUAGUUUAGCUCCAAUGAAAAUGAAAGUAAAUGGUUUAGAAACAUCAGGAAUCAAAGAAGAAUCCACUGUGGAUGUAGGAACCAGUGAGAGUGAGAACUUUCAGGAGGCAUUGGAUCCAAGCUGCUUAAAUCUUGAAUUAGGCAGAGGAACUGCCACAACAGAAUGCCCAAUAGAUUUUGUUAACUUCCUCGAUGAUGUGACUUGCUCUGAGUCAGAGAACACCCUCUUCUCUGAGCUAUCUGAAAUUGAAGAGGAAGCAAUCUCUGCUUUGGCAAAGGAAGGACAAACCUAUGCUAAUCUAUUUGAAAAUGAAUGUGGUGCUGUUGAUGGGACUCUAGAGGCUGAACUGGAAGGGAAUGAUUUAGGGGAUAAAGGACACUUACCUGAGGGUUGCCUAGAAGACUUUGCUCUUACACAUGACCUACGUGCACAGCUCAUGAGAGACCUGGACCUCUCAAGCAGUUUUUCUCCAGUGAGGAGUGAGAAUGAAGAUGCUUAUUUUGAUCAUGAAUUGGGAAAAGAGGAAGGACACACAAGUGUUCAGAUCAGUUCUCUUGUUCUUGGCAGUGUUGACAACCAAAGUUGUAAUUAUCCAAAGAAUUGUAAUGUAAAUGUUGAGUUUGAGACUGUAGCUGAUGAAGGUAAUAAUGAAAUGCAGAGAGUCGAUGGUCAGGAUGAAAAUACCAUAGAUUUGACAGAGGCAGAGAAUGUAGCAGUAAAACUGGAUGAGUCAGAGCCAUGCACUGGCCUUGUUACAAGUACUAAUGCUAAGGGAAAUCACCAGGAAGCCAUCACCUCACAAAAUGCAGAGGAUGAGCUUCAAAAAUCAACCCAAAACCCACCUGACAUUGCAGACGAGGAAGACAAUAUUGGCAGAAAAGAAUCGGAAGAGCCCAGAUUGGGAUGUAAAGCGGACGUGGAAGAGAAUUGGAAUGAAGAGCAAGAUGUGGAUGAUAAACAGGAGAAAGAGGAAAGAAAUGAGGAAGGGAAGAGAACAUCCUCUGUAUGCAAGGAUCAGGACUACUUAAUAGAAAAUGAUGAGAAGGACAGUCUUGCAUCAUUGAUAAGUGAGAAUCCUAAUGCCAAGGGGGAUUUAAAUCCAGUGUCAGAUUCAGAUUGUGAAGAUGUGCUUUCAAUCUAUGCUCAGAGUGUGGCAGAUCUGGAUAGUGACUUGGAGAAUGAAGCAGCAGCUUGGAAGGAGGAUAUGGAUGAGACAGAAAUCCUGGAUGAGUAUCCUGACAGUGCAUUGCAACCCUGGAAUGAACAUAGUCCAUCCCUAAACAGUCCUAUAGAGGAUGCUAGAACUGUUACAAAUGAUCCUGUCAGCAAGCUCUCAGUCAUCUCUAAGACUGCCAGUAAUGAGAGUGCAAAUAAUCUAGUUAUAGCAAUGAGUGAGUCGGAGAAGGAAGGGGAAGAAGAGGAAGAGUCUAAUGAUGAGGACUCAAGAAGGUUUUUAGGAAGGAGUAGUAGUGACAUGGAGAGGAAACCAGAGAAUGAUGACAAAUUGUGGGAAGGAGAAGCCAGUGGGGAGGCUAGUGGUCGCCUUAGAGCUGAAGGGGGUUCUCAACAGGAAGUGAGUUAUGCUCAAAGUAUGUCUUCUGCCUGUGGGAAGGGAACACUGGAGGAAGGGAAAAGUGGCAGGGAAGAGACUCAGAAGGAUACAAAACAGAGCAGGGAGAUUGAAGACAGAGUGAGCAAUGAUUUUGAGAUGGGACAAAAGAUGGCAGAGGACUUUGGAGUGAAUUAUGCGACUCAGACAAGCAUUGUGGGUGGAAAGAUGAUUAAAGAAGGAAAUGAGAUGCCUGUUGUCGCAGGAGCAGAGAUAGAAGGGAAUGAAGAGGAUGUUUCAACACAGAUUCCCCAGCCAGUGAAGCCUUCAAAUUACUGUCACAAGGCUGUAGAUCGAGGAUGGUGUGACAGGAGCAUCUGCCGGUUCAGGCAUGAGAUGUCAGAAGAACUGGAAGCAUACUACAGUCAGCUGGUUCUUUACUACGUGUCACGGGGAAAGGCAUACUGGGGUUGGAGAGUCCUUGGCUACAACACUGUCACCACUGUCAACACCCCAUAUUUGAGAAUUAAUAUCCUCAUGCCUCUUGCACGACACCUAGUGCAGGGUAACUUUAAGGAUGUAAAGGUCCCUUCACACAUCACGCCACUGCUCGACAUUUCAAAGUUACGAGCUCUUUGUGAGGCUGGCAAGGGGUUUGAGGCUUAUAAGCUGUUGAGUGCGUGCUAUACCUCCUUCCCCCAAUAUUUGUUGCAGAUCCUCUUGCGAGAGUUUGUUAGAUACUGUGAGUGCUGGCCAGAGAGAGAUGCUGUGACGCCUUGGGAGAAGGUGCAGUUGUGGAAGUGGAACGAGGGCCAGCGAACCAGCAAGGACCUCCUCAACAUCAGCUGGCUGGACUUCCAACUGAGACAGAGGAAUGGGGCUAUGGUGAGCUGGAGGGAGAAGAGUCCCCGAAGAGCCUCCCUCGCGCCAGUGUCGCCGUCUGCUGUUGCGUCACCUGUUUGCGCGUCCAUUUCACCCAUAAAUGAAAUUACAGAAGUGUUGGCUCUCAUCGGUUUCUGCUACGGCUUCCAACGGCCAAGCAGCCGGUGCCACUGCGGCACUCUCUUCUUGCAUGCAAGAUGCCGCCUAGUCAUUGGCUCUCCACAUUUAUCCUUACAUCUGUGGCUCACGCAGACUCCCGUCUUUAUAUAUGACAUGCCACCAGUAGCUGGCACAACACCUGCUACUCUGUGCCAACACCUGGCACCUGUUCAACACCUGUGCUCGCGCAUCGUCGCCUACAGUUCACCUGCCACGCACACCUGCGGCCUCUAG